AUAGUAUUCAAGAAUCAAAGUUCAAUCAUGGCAUCAACAAAGAAGAUCAAUCUCAAGAGUCGUGAUGGUGAUAUUUUUGAAGUGGACGAAGCAGUAGCGUUGGAAUCACAAAUGAUCAAGCAUAUGAUCGAGGAUGAUUGCGCCGAUGAAACCGGAAUCCCUCUCCCAAAUGUGACCAGCAAGAUUCUGGCAACGGUGAUUGAGUACUGCAAGAAGCAUGUUGAGGCUAAGAAUUCUGAAGAAAAUUCUGAAGAAAAACCUGCUAAAGAUAAUGGUCUCAAGGCUUGGGAUGCAGAAUUCGUCAAGGUUGAUCAAGUCACACUGUUUGAACUCAUAUUGGCUGCAAACUAUUUGGACAUCAAGAGUCUGUUAGAUCUUACAUGCCAGGCUACUGCGGACAUGAUGGUUGGUAAGAGUGUUGAGGAGAUCCGCAAGAUGUUUAAUAUUGAGAAUGACUUCACAGAAGAGGAAGAGGAAGCAGUUCGCCGCGAAAAUCAAUGGGCUUUUGAAUGA